CCUCUCCACCCCCCGGCACCCAGCUGAUCACCGUGUUCUUUAAUUUUUUUUUGCGGUUGGAGGUUAGAAUUGAGAGGUGAAGAGAAGAAAAAUAGCAGAACGUAAGGAGAAUCGGGGGAUUGGAGUUGAAUCUGGGUGAAGUUGAUCGAAGUGGGGUUGAGAGGUAGAAUUUGGCUGGAGGAUUUUGGUGACAAGUCGGUGGGAUGCAUGAGACUUUCCAUGAAGACCCCACGGACAUCUCGAAACGAAGGCCCAGACGUCUGAGGGGAACUCCAGCUAACAAGUGGAGCGCUGGCCUGAGCUUUGCAAUCGUCGCGAUAUUCGCUGUCUCCGGUUAUUGCUACUCGGAAUCAUCUUGGUCCGAUCCAAUUAAGAAAAAAAUCGCUCAGCUCGCGACCGUAACCGACGAGCAGAGGUUGUACCGCCUAAUGAUGCAAGACGCGUUAUGGAACUCGUCUGUCAAGAACCUCAAGAAGAAACAAGCCGGAGAGCUUAUGCCCCCAGUCCAGCCCGAGGCCUAAGUCUCACCUCAACCGAAAAUGUCGAAAAAAACCGACAAACCGAAGCCCGAGGGCAGACUUCGGCUCAAGACCUCCACAAGAAGGUAUCUGACCAGAAAAAAAACCCAGAACCUGUAAAAAUCUGAAUUAAACACUUUAGCUACUG